CAAGCAAGUGUCCCAACUAAAAAAACAAACAAAGCAACUACCAACACCUUUUUCAUGUGAUCUAUAGUCCUUACACACUUCAUUUUCGCUGCCCCUUCUCAAGAAUGAGUCAAGGUUUAUUUACGAACCCAUUUGGGAUUCCUCCACCAUCUGAUGAUUCUUAUGCUUCCUUAAGCCGUUUCAUAGCUGAAUUCUCACAGGCGGUUCCUGGAGACCAGUUUGCCUCGUUUGCAAAUCAACUGUCAAGUCUAAGUGAAGCGCUUGUAUCCAAAUUUCGAGGAGGAACUCGACCGCUGGACAACAUGUCUGAAAUUCGUGCGAUGUUUCAAACUCUUGACCAAAAGUUUACUAAUCUAGAAGAUGGACAAACUAGCCUCAAAGAAGAGAUGAUUCGAGGACAAAGUAGCCUUAGAGAAGAGAUGAUUCGAGGACAAAAUAGCCUCCGAGAAGGACAAAUAAGGCUAGAAGGAAAACUUGAAUCUUUGAACAGUAUUUUUCUAGCUAAUAAGGGUGAUGUCUAUUUACAGUGCCGCGAAAUUGAUUCCAAAGUUAACAAGACAAGAUCCUCAGCGCAGAGAUCUGAAAAUAUUAUCAACAGAUUCGUUGCGAAAGAUACAAAACCGAUUCCAUUUGUUAAUGGACAGGAACCUCCUACUGAGCUACCUGAGUUAAAAACUAUCUCCGACGUUGACAAUUUGAAUCCACAGCAAUUGAAAACGUAUACAGAGGGAUAUGGGUUUAAGUAUGACGAGAAUGAGCCUCAAAAGUCUCUUAAAAGAAAAAUUGCAGACUCUGCUGGUUUUGUUACUCACCAGGAUGUUUUAUACGAAUUGUCAGACAGCAAUGAAUCCCUUCGAGACGUAGGAAACCAAAGUAGUGCACCAAAUCAACGGGCAGGUACACGCAGGCUUUGUCAUCAUUGAUAAGUAUUACGAGUAGAACCGAAUUUUUCAUCUCUUCUUAUUAUAAAGCUUAUUCAAAGCUUUUUAACUUCUUGCUGUUGAAGAAAAUAACUUUAUCUUUCCUAAGCAUAUUUAUUUCAGGUAAUGCCUAUUCGCCAUAUUAGACUUUUCAAGAUUGCAUAAAUAUCCUGUAUGGCUUGAAAAAAGAAUAUGGAUCCUCUCUCUGUCUCUUUACCAAUUCUAUCGAAGAUGAGAGUUAUCCUAGAGGUGUGUUUCUCGGGAUUAACGCUUAAAUUAUAUGAAGCGGUCAUAAUCAUGACCGCUGGUUUGACUUAAUUUUAAUGCGCUUGUUACCUAAUUUGAACGCUGCGUCUAACUUCAGAUUCAGGUUCUGCGUUGGGUUGAGUUGAGUGAACGUCGAUGAACGCUGUUCCAACUUGGGAUAGCGAUCAUGUUCGUUUGUUUUAUGUUCGUUUGAUUUUUGAUUUUUUAAUUUGUUUUAUGAAACUAAUGAAAACUCAAACAAUUCAAUUGUGGAAAAUGCUGGUGAACGUUACAAUUGUUAUGAAAUCAUAUUAAAUGUUGUUUCUCGAGUUUGCAACAUUGUAGGACGUUUCCAUUUCUAUAUUCAAGUUUACAGAGUGUAG